AUGAAUCAAGUAAAUAGUUUGAAUAAAUUAAUCAAAAACACAGAGAAAGAAAGUGUUAAAGAGAUUGGAGAGAGUAUUAAGGAGUAUUACCUUAAUUCAACGACACUUGAAAAUUUAAAAGAUGAGUUAAUAAAUAAAGAAAUAGAAGAGGAGCUUAUUAAAUGGUUAGCCGAAAAUGACAUUGAAUUAGCCAUUGAAAUUGGCAUAAGCCCUAUUCAAUUAAUAGGAAAAAAUAUUUCAAAGAAAAAUAUUAGUAAAUUAUUAUCACACAAUCCAUUAUAUAAAACUACAGAAGAAGGAAAUAAUGAGAAAGGUAAUUCUAAAUUAAAAGGAGAAUUAAAAGAAGUUUGUUUUGAUAAAGUAAUAGCACCAGUAUUUGAAAAUAAGUAUUAUUCUAUUUCUAUUCUUCUUCAAGCAUGGAAAAAAAGAUAUUUAUUAAAACAAUCAUUUCCAGAGAUACUUACUUGUUUUGAUAUGAAAGAAGUAUAUGAACAUGAAUCAUUAAGAAAUAAUAAAAUAUAUAAAGACUUAUUUUCUUGUGUUAAACAUCAUUCAUUUGAUGAAUCUAUCAUUAAACAAGUAGAAAUAAGUUUAACUACUUCUUAUGAAUUAGCUAGAUUUAGAGCUUUUGAUGGAUUUAUUACAGUGAUUGAAUUAAUGAAACAACACAAAGAAAUGAUUGGACGGUUUUGUUAUAUUUUUCAACGAUGUUUUUUAGAUUAUCAUUUUUUAAUGUUCUUUAUUGAUAAUAAUGGACUUUCAUUAUUAAAAGAUUCGAUUGAAUUUGAAGAAGUAAGAAAAAUUAUUUAUAUAAUAAAUUUAUUACCAAGUACCUGUUAUUAUCUUGAUAAAAGUGGAAUUAAUGAUUUAAUUUUAGAAUAUGCUUAUCAAAAUAAAGAUAAAUGGAGUUUAAAUUGUUGUAAAGAAAUUGCAUUACAUGGAGAAAGAAGAGAAAAAUUAUAUUUAUUUGGAAAUGAAUUGAUUCAAGAAAAGAAUAAAAAUGGUAUGGUAUUAAAUUUAUAA